GACUGGGAGUGUCGUGGUGACUACCUCGCCAGACUGGGGCCCUUGUUACAGCACUACGAGCGAAGGUUUGGCGCUGACUGUGAUGACGAAGUGGUGUCCAGUUUCUCAGCUGUGAUGAAAGGCCUGGAAAAACAUCGUGAGAAAGCACAGGAUAGAAUGGAGGCCGGGUUUGAGCGCGAAAACGACUCCGCCAUUGAUGAUGUUGGAGAGAAACGUUUGGUGACCACCAUGUUGGCGGCGGCUACAGCGUCUGUGACUGUGAGGAGGAAGAGGGCUGUUGCUGAAGGGGCCUUGACCUGUGACCUAGUGAAACAUUUGCGAGGGUCGGUGAAACAUUUAGACUCACAGAUGCUCAACAGUAUGACUGAGACCGAGUUCAAGAACUGUCUGUCUGCUUUUGGUCAUGUGAGCGACAUGCCAGAUGAGACCAUCAAUGCACUGGUAGCCAGAAUGAAGCAGCUGUAUGGCGGUGUGGACACCUGGAGCAACGAGGCAAUCCGCCGGGCCGGCGUCAUUAUCUCAGGUCUGAGUCCAGCAGAGAUCCAGUUGCUGCAGCUCACGGGAGUGGACGCUAUGAACAGUGUGGCCAGGCAUGGCAGACUCACUGCUGAGCAGUUGAAAGCUGGCUUCAGACGUUGGCUCAGUCUCUCCGGGGUCAAAGAUGACAUCACAAAAGUCAACUCUGGCAAGUUUUCCUCUCUCUCCGAGUUUGUGUGUGGUCUGGAGAUGAGUGACAUCACAGCAUUGGCAGAGGAGACCUUCAAGCGUUCCUUGGAAGUGGUGGGUCACUCCAGCACGUGCCCUCCCGAGAUCAAACAAGCCUACGCGAACAAAGCCGCGGUUGUAUACGGCACCCGCCCCCCUCAAUGGCCACCGGCGCUGGUGGGCGACAUGGGACAUCUGAUAGGCGCCCUCAGCACAGAGCAUGUGUCGCAACUGACCCCUGGCCAGCUGGCACUGGUCACGCCCACCGUCAUCCAGAAACUGCCUGAGAGUAAACUUGUGGCGAUGAGCGUGGCCCAGUUGUCCGCCCUAAGCCCCAACCAGGCAAACGCAGUCACCGAGGGUCAGUUUUCUGCCCUAAGCCAAGACCAGAGAGAUGCUGUAGCCGAGAGAGCAAAUGUUGCCUUCCACUACAAGCCUGACCCCAACGAAGGGACUGGAGGCGGAAGCGGGGACGGCGGCAAUGGAGCUCCGGAGAUGAACAUCAGCAGAUACUUCCUGGCUGUUGUCGCCGCCCUCGUAGUUUUCAUCAUGUGAUUUGAAAACUUUGCCCUCCCCAUCUGUCCACACCCCAAGCUCUCAUUCAAGCAUCGCAUCUCACACCCUUGCCAUUGCAUAUUGUACCCAAAAAUAGUUUUUGCACUUAUCUUAAUAUUAUGUAUUUUUGUUGGUACAAAGUGCAAAUCUCGUGAGGCGCUGAAUCUCGUUUUUAUUGUGUUCUAUCAUAAUUAAUUUCAUAUUUUUCAUUUUAAUGCAUUUGGGCUUCAUAUUUUGACGGGUGGGUUGUUGUGCAUAAAUAAUCUGUUUAGUUACGCAAAAAAUUGCAUAAUGAAACGCUCUCGCGCAAAGUUGGCAGAGAACCCCAUAGUGAGCAUAAGAAGAGGAAAUCUAACAGUGUCUAUGACGUCUAGAUUGGUUGGCUAAAAAACAUGUGGCAAAAACAGUUUGUUAAAAUUUGUCAGUGGAUGCAAUUACCAUUUCUAAAAGAAAAAAAUAACAACGUGUUAUUUGAAUCCAACAGCAUCGACUUUAUACGUUCUUCGAGGCACAUUUUUGCAGAUACGAUGUGAACUCACAGUGGUAAGGCUCCACUUUAAGUCCCCUUAAUCCCCCACCUUUACACCCUCCCUUUCUUUAAAAAAAAGAAAAGAAAACCACCGACGUAAAAACGUCUUUUCCACAUUGUUACACGAGCAACGUGUAACCUCACAAAACGUGAAGACCGCCAAUAUGCGUUGUAGGUCAAGUAAUUUCCGAAUGAGAGUUCCAGAACGACUGCUCCGUGAAAGCUCCGUCAUAAUAUUAUUAUUACUUCACUUUUUAAACAGCGUAUCGUGGAGUCACACACUGAGCAGUCGAUAUAAACGUUCACUCUCACAAUUCCCCCAUCAAGAAUAGGUAGGUCUAUUAUAGAUCUACCCCUUGUUUAAUAAAGCGUAUCAAAGCUCAAGGACAAAGUAUUCAACUUGUUGUUAUAAAGAUAUGAAAACGUGUUCCUGCAGAUCUGGUAUUACGUCCGAUUUGAAAGGAAGGAACAUUCUGUCGGUGGCUCCGUAAAAAGCUAUUUAAAUUAUUCAAAGACUGUUAGGGUUCACUUUUAAUCAUUUAACUGUUGGGAGAUGUAAGGUAGCGAUUAUCUGUGCUAAUUGUACAAAGACUGGGAAAAUGACCACACAAGCCUACAUUGUAGAACACCAGACUAUACCAUAACACAGCGAGGAUGCCCCCUCCCCUUGUAACACUGGCCUCAUUCAGCGCCAUGUUUGCCUUACUUUAACGUUCUUUUAACCUUGCUCGACAUUCCAAUCAUCCAAACUAGUGACACAGUUGAGAAUGUCAUAAUAUUUAAGCCAUUGUUUCUAUAUUUUUAAUAAAAUAUAUUUAUAUAUUUUUUCCAACAUGUGUUUUCAUUUGCAUAAUAAUGUCUACAUUCCGCCUUGUUCAUGGCUUUUUGUUUGUAAAAAUAUAAUAUUCAUUCUCUUCCAACUCGCUCUGACAGAAAGAACUAAGACACACAACCGACAAACUUUGAAAAUAACAAACAAAAUCUUAUUUUGCUGUGUAGUAUUUAUGACAUACGGUUCGUGUGAUUAUUACACAGAAAUAUUAUAAAUGUUAGUAUAUAUUGGGAGGCGUGAGGAAUCACAAAGUGCUUUUAUAUUGGUAAAUACUUACAAAAUGGUUUGAAAUCUCUUCAAGACCGCCGAUGAAAACCCAAAUGAAGGCGAAAAAAAACCCCAACAACAAACAAACAACCGUCGGUUGCAGUUGGAAGAGUUUGAUGCCGUGUUGUCACUAUGUCCUUGGUGUGCGUACAGUGGUUUGUACUCUUGAAAUGUUUUGUCGAUAACUGUGUCCGUUACCGUGCGUCCCUAUGUUUUUGUAAGAAGAAAAAUAACAAACAAAUGAGUUACAUACGUUGCGUUUUUGAACGGUUUAAUCACUAGUAUUUUCAUCAUGAGAAUGUUCAUUUCUUACAACGUUGUAUAUUGUCAUUGCUGUGAUUUUGCUUGAUAUUGUUGACUGAAAAUAUUAAAUUAAUCACCCCUUUUAGGUCUGUAUAUUUUAAUUGAUUAUAUGUAUUGAAUUUCUUCUGCACUUUUCUGAAUUUUUCGUCGUCGUAUCUUAUUUGCAAAGAUGGAAACUUAUGAAGCAACAAUUUAUUGUGCAUCGACGUAAAUCUUUAUAAUGUAAUUAUCCCGAGGAAUUUCUAUUAGAACGGCACACACAUUUAAAGACUGACAAUAAAUGAAAGUAUUAUUAUUCUAAAUUAGAUAUUAUGAUCUUAGAUGAUGUGUAGAGUUAAGUUGAAUUACCGUUUAACUGGAAACUUGUUCAAUAAAAAAUGGAAUGUUUUUGAAUUUCUACAAUACAUACUAUUUGGACAAC